AUUCUAUGCUAUCAGCUCGAUCAUUUUAACGGUGUAAAAAGUCACAUCAGACUGACAUGGCACCUUGACGCUAUUUCUUUCACGAUUUUUCUUGAUGUCUUUUCAGUUCUUGGACUUGAACAGUUUAAACUGGGUCACGUGAACGGCGGAUCUCAGGAUUAUUCGAGAAUGAUCCGUCUCACGUAUCAAGAUGAGCGUUACACUAGACUCGCACCUGAUGCCUUCAAAACAUGGCGCCAAAUUGAAAAAGAAUCUGGACUUCAGGUUUUUUACAAAACAGGCAGCCUGCAACUGGCUGAAAUAGGCAAAUCAGACUUCAUAAUCAACGAAUACACGAAGGCAAUGGACAGAGCUGGUAUUAAGUACGAGUACCUCUCCAACACGGACGUGAUGCGGCGGUACCCCCAGUUCACAGUGGGACCUGAUAUAGUGGCGCUGUACCAGGACAUGGCUGGUUUCGUGGACGCUGCCCUGGGUAACUCCAUCCACAUCCAGUUGGCCAGAGGAAACGGUGCCACCAUAUUGGAGGAGUGUGCGGUGACGAGACUGACGCGCGCUGUUAACGGCAACAUCGUGGUUCAUACGACAAACGGGAAGUUUGAGUGCCGACGCCUGAUCGUUGCAGCAGGCGCCUGGUUGAAUCACGUGAUUGGGACUAUCGGCGUGCACGUGCCCGUCACUGUCACGCAGGAACAAGUGACCUACUUAGGAACGCCUCACAUGAAAGACUUCACAAAAGACAAGUAGGUAGACG